AUGGCUACUGAAAACCUUGGGGACUCCUCGCAAUUAAAGCUGAAAAGUCACAGAUGUCUCUACUGCAAGGCAGUAGGUAGCAAACUGUGUCUAGAUUGUGAAGCCUAUCUUUGCCGUGAUCACCUAGAGGCCCAUAAUUCGGUAGGACAGCACACCCUAACUGAAUUGAUCACUGACAUGCAGACAAGAAAGUGUGCUACUCACCAAAAACUCCUAAAAUAUAACUGCUGUGUGGAUAACGUUUAUGUCUGUGAGUUCUGUGUUGUAGUUGGUGAUCACGUAGGACACAAUGUGGAAGUAAUAAGUGACAAGUCUGUGGCUGUGAAGUCAUCACUAAAAGAACUUGUGGACAAUCUGAUCGCGCAGUGCAAAGAAUUUGAAAACCAUAUUCGUGAAGCAGCGGCCACAAAGGAUGACAUCCAUAAAAGAGCUGAUGAUCUACAAAGACAAGUCACUAUGAUGAUUACAGAUCUUAAACAAGAGCUGGAAGGUGAGGGGGAGAAGAUUUUAAGUGAAAUUAGAAAUCAAGUACAGGAGGAAGACCUUAAAAUCCAUAGAUUUUUGUCAAAAAAGAAAGAAGAAAAAUUAAAGCUGAUUGCCCAAGUGGAUGAGAUCAGAGAUUUUUUAAAUACUACCGACCCGAUGACCAUUUUGGAGAAAGGAACUCCGUCAAUUAACAAGACCAAAAUGUUAAUAGACGAGGUUCAAGGUAGACUGGAAGAUACAGGAUUGAAUGUGUUAUUGGUAACAGUGCAUUUAGAGUCUGGGCUAAUCAAGGUAAUAAAACGUAUUCCACAACUUCAAAAAAACCAUGGUUUUGCAGUGCAGAACUUAAUCCAUAUAAUGCUGAGGAACGCAAAUGAUCCGACUGAAGGCCAAGCCUCUGAACUUGGAAGCCUGAUGGACUCCUCACUGAAUUCUAAGGAAAAACAUUGUACGUCUCUGACCUAUAGCUCCACAGCCAUUUCAUCAGGACAACAUUAUUGGGAAGUAGAAACCAGUGACUUGCCAAGUUGGAGUGUUGGAGUGUCUUACUCCCAAAACAAAGAUUGCAAUUUGGGAGAUAAUGACGAUUCAUGGUGCAUGAGUUACUAUAAAAUGGGUCAAUAUGCAGUGGUUAACAAUGGUGUAAAAACAUCAGUGAGUACCAGCUCUCCUAUUGAAGCUUUAGGAAUAUAUUUGGAUUACGAAGCAGGAAACUUGUGUUUUUUUCAGCUGGCGAACCCUAUCAAACACCUACAUACAGAGUUUGCUACCUUUACUUCUCCUGUUUAUGCUGCCUUUUCCAUAAGUAAAAAAGGCUGGAUAAAUUUGAGAUAA